AUGGGUCGACGAAAGAUUGAGAUCAAAGCCAUCAAGGACGAUAGAAACCGCUCAGUGACAUUUCUCAAACGGAAAGGCGGUCUCUUUAAGAAAGCGCAUGAGCUCUCCGUUCUGUGCUCCGUCGACGUAGCAGUCAUUAUAUUUGGGCAUAACAAAAAGCUUUAUGAGUAUUCCUCGGGCGAUAUCAACGACACGAUUACGCGAUUUACCUACUACAAUGGGCCUCAUGAGCACAAAGGACCUGCUGAUUUUGCUGGCGGUAUGGACGAUGAUGACGACGACGAUAUGGGCAGUCCUCCCUUAGAAGAUACAAUGCCACGACAAGGCAGUCUGCCACCGCAUCUACAGCAACAGCAGAGUUACAUGCGUGGCAGCACAGCCACGCCUCCUCCAAUGGCGAAUGGCAUAAACUACCACCAAAGACAGCAGACUCCUCAACCUCACAUUAUAUCUAGACCGGGCUCUAGCAAUGCUAUUCGGCGAUCGAGUAGUAAUGUUGGUCCUUCUCACCUCCAACAAGUCACCCAAGCGCCGACUACAAACGGCUAUACCUACAUGCGCACCGCCCCCGUCCAGCCCUAUCAAGGGCCUCAUGGCAUGCCGCCAACAUCUCAUCAAAAUCCGAAUCCUACUGGAACCCAAGUGUACUACAAUCAACUACAGCAAGCCUCUCAGCAAGUAUACUCUCACGAACCAAGGCGGCAGUCUGUUCCUCCAACAUUUCCCCAGCAAGAUCAGCGUCAGUACAGCGGCCAGCCAAGUCAGCCAUCUCCACCACAGAUAGAUCAGCGGCGAACGCAAGACGAUCAAUCAAAUCGUUUGCAGCAACCAAAGGCUACUAAAUCACGAAGCAUUUUCACCCCCAUAGAUGACAGCAGAUCAUUGUUGGCGCAGCAUUGGGGAGGUGGUAAGCCCACGACAGAGCCAAAGCCAGAGAUCAAGAAGGAACAGGACAGUCUUCCGCACUCGAAUACUCCCCCCGAUUCGACCUCUCAUCAACAGCCGCAACCAGUCAAGGCUGGUUCGCCUCCAACACAAGCACAAGAACGUCCAGCUCCUCGAAGAACUGCAUCAAAUGACUUCGUGCCUCCAAUACGGACAGAUAGCGCCGCAGGGGCUAAAAGACCGAAGCUCAAGGUACACAUUCCGGAAGAGCAAUCAGAAGCGGAAGAAGAAUCGGCCAAAAAUCAAUCGGGCAGCAAAGACGAGACACCGGCAAAAGCGAGUGAGGGUAACAACAGUCAUUCUUCUGGGACAGGUGUUGUCCUACCACCGCCGUCACCGAGUGCAAGUGCAAGCGCUGUCUUGAGUGCUGGCGCCUCAGGUCCUCCGAACCCUUUUGCUAGGCCUCUGCCACCGCAAAACACAGCACAACAGCAUAACAGUACGGCAUUCGAAAGAAACCGGGGUGAGAAUAUGGAAACACCGAUAUCGGCACUGCCAUCUAGAUUUGUGGCCGACGGCCUGCUACCUUCACCUUCCUCCUUCUACCCUGAUUGGGGAUUUGGACGAUCUGGCGCCGACAGUGCCAAUAUCUUACCUAGCCCAUUGAAUUUUCAGACUCCUGUAAACGGCACAGGUCCCAGCUUCGCGCGUGAUGAGGAUGGUGAAAAGAAACGUAAGACACCUGAGGGCGAGGGUCAAGAGACCUCUGCUCCGAAACGGGUGAAGGCUUGA